GCGAGCUUCCUUCCUCGUCCAUCCUCCUCCUCUCUGAACUUUUAGCUUCGCUUUUUCUUCGUCGUCUCUUUCACUCGCAAGUAACGCAACAAGCCGGAACAACCACCUCACCGUUCGCUCUCUUCGAUUCGUUUCCGUGUCGUCAGUCAGUCAGUCGUAAAAAAUAUCGUUAUAUUUAUAUUUCAGAAGUUAAAAGAAGAUACCAAUCAAAAUGGAAGCCGUUGAAUCCGUUGCCGUUGAAAUCAGCAAGAACGAAUGUGUGGAUGCUGAGAUCUCGACCAAGAUCAUCGAAGAAGAAGAUGGUGGAGCGAAAGGUUUGAAAAGGAAGCUUGAAGAAAUCUCCACCCCAGCCGUCGAGGAAGAAAGCAAGGUGAACGGAACCACUGAUGAGAAGACUGAAGAGAACGGUUCCUCGAAUGGUCAUGCGGUCGAAGGCAAAAACGGCCAUACAAAUGGCACAUCUGAAGUCACGGAGUCUCCAGUGAAGAAGGCUAAGACGGAUGCGGGUGAAGAGGAGAUUGUUUCCACCACCGACAAGACUGAAAUCGAAACUCCCACUGAGACUGCUACCACGACUGAGGAAAAGAAGGAAGAAAUUGUGGAGAAGAUUGAAGAUGAAGUGAUGCCCAGCGACGAGGCUAUUAAGGUUGAUGCCGCCGCCACCGAGAAGGCUGAAGAAGAGAAAAUUUUGGAGGACAAGCUGGAAGUCGACUCAUCGGCAACGAUUGAAAAGGAAGAAGCUAAAACGGCAGCUAUCCCAACUCAUGAGGAGGCAAUUGCUGAAGAGGGGGAAAAAGGGGAAUAACUUAACAAUUCUCUUUAAUAACUAAUAAUUUACUUAAAAACCUUUACGUUAAUUUUUUAUUCCUACUCCUACGAAGAAGUAUUAUCAAUUAUAACUAAAUUCUCGGGUUUGUAUUUGCAAGUUUGAUUUUCGAUUUUUUUUACAUUUUUUAUACUUAACGCUCUGAAAUGGAGUUUUUUAAUGGUAACUUGCCAUUUUCAAGCUUUUAUUUCUUAAAGCUAUUGACUGUUUGGUAAACUUUUGUGUUCAGUAUGCAUUCUAAUUGAAGUUUGUGUUACCAUUAUGUAUUCUUUUUCAAAAUUGGUCCGCUUCUAAUGUUUUUCUUUAUUCGAGCCAAAUUUUUGUUAGUAAACCUAUGAAAAUUAAAUUCUGUCCUUCUGGACUUGGUGGCUAGAUUGACUUUGUGUCUAUUUAGUAGUAUAUAUGGAAUUGAAUGUUGAUAUGGAAUUUCUUUUUUGUAUUAAAAAAAAGUAGGAGUAAAGAUUUGUAAUUACAA